AUGGGUGGCCCUGCUGUCCAUUCCAUUCUUUCAGUUGAAAAUUUCAACUUGUUGUCAAGCGGUGGGCAGCUGCAGCCGGUUCCAGGCGCAGGAAGACUUCAAGAUUGCAGGACUAUUGGUUUGGGAUAUGGUCCCAGUUCCCUUCCACUGCAACAAAACUAUCUUAGUGGUGGAGUAUUCUCACACUGCCUAACACGCCGAAGUGAUGUUCAAACAUUUCUCAGAUUUGGUACAGACAUCCCCACACCACCAGGCUUUCUGCGUGUCAAGAGAUUUGUGCUUUUCAAAGAAGUACCAUUCUACUACGAGAAUCUGUUGGGCAUAAGUGUACAUGGACAGAAGCUUCUCAUAGAUCCGUUGGUGUUUGCUAUACGAAAUCAGGGCACAGCAGGAGGUUGUAUCAUGGACAAUGGUGCCUCAUUUACUUUUCUCAUCACGCCUGCUUUUGAGGCUCUGGUUCAGUUUCUGGAGAUGUAUUUUAUGCGCUAUCCUCGCUUAGCUAGGGCUCCUGGUCCUCGUGCACCCUCGUUUGAACUUUGCUAUAAAUGGACGAUGCCGCCGGCGGUUGAGGUGCAGCUGCCAACAUUGACAUUUCACUUUGAAAAUGCUGACCUUGGGGUACAGCCAUCGGAGGCAUUCAUAACGGCGAAGGUUGAUUCGCAGGGAAAUGAGGCUGUGUUUGGCGUUCUUGCGAGACGAUGA